CUUCCAGUCGGCUCAUUCGGAUAUUGUUACUCUUGAAAAUACCUUAUCGAACAUCCGAGCUAUUGCAUUGGACCCUUCAUAACUAGGUCCUGUCUUCUCGGGUGUCGGGGAACUCUACACCGACGUAAGAGCACGCGAUAUUACGCUCAUGAGCAGACGCUGUACAUUUUACGUCGCUUCACUCACCGGCGCUCCGACAUGAGUCUACUCGGCGGCUGGUUUCGGGGCUCUACCCCAAAGUCAAGCAAGAACUCCAGCCCAGGUACCUCGCAAGUUGACCUCCGAGCUCAGACCGUGGCCCUUCUCCAAGAUGCCAUUGCCGGCGCUGACCGCAUCAUGAACGAUGAUAUAGAUGGGGCUGAAGAACACCUGAAGCAGACUAGCUCAACGUUUCAUUCAUUUGGCAUGAGCACGUGCGUGUUCAUGAAGAGCAUUUUGGGCUUCGAGAAGUCCAUUAUGGCCGAGGCUAGUAGCCGCUUGAACGAGUGUGAGACGUCGGCCUGGAAUGAAAUCAAAAAGGCCGAAAAGGAGGCGAGCAAGUCACAGGCUGAAAGGAUCUACCCUCCUGGUAGUGAGUACCAAUUAGUACUCGCCGAGUCUUAUCUCAUGAGCGCAAUUAUCGGGGUCUUGCAUGAGAGUCUCACUGAAGGAAUAAAGAGCUUCUACAAACUACGGAAGGCCUUUAUAGCCCUCGACAGUAUCAUACAAGCCGAAAGCGCCUAUUUGAAGAAACGUGGACUACAACCUACAUCAACCCAGCCUGCAGUCAGUACUGCUAAUCCCAAGGACCAUGAGAAGAUGCCCGGUGGGUUUGACGAUGAUGAUGAACCAGAGUUCUUGGAUGCAGAAGAAUCCCACUCUGGCACACCAACACCAUUGCAAUACGCAGGUCAUCUAUCUAACGGUGAUGCUGAUGAGGCCGAAAAGAAGCUGGGUGACUUGUCUUUAAAUGGGGAGAGCAAUUCAGAAACGAAGGAUAUGCCCCGCGAUUUGCCUUCCCGCGACGGCUUCGAGAGUGGUCCUGAUUCUGACAUCUUCACUGACCCAAUUGAUGCUUUUAUUCAUUCCGGAACAAGCAUGUGUUUUGGUGUCCUACUUCUCAUCAUAUCACUCGUGCCCCCAGCCUUCUCAAGGUUGCUCUCAAUCAUCGGCUUCAGGGGUGACCGUGAACGUGGGAUCGAGAUGCUUUGGCGAAGCUCCCGAUUCGAAAAUAUUAAUGGAGCCGUGGCCGGGCUGAUGCUUCUCGCUUACUAUAACGGCCUGUUAGGGUUUGCCGAUAUCCUUCCCUCUGAGGCAGACGUUGAGAAGGGCGCGAUUGUAGGCUAUCCAGCCGAGAGACUCUCAGCGCUCCUCGUUAGGCUACGGCGCAGGUAUCCGGAUAGCGGUCUUUGGCGGUUUGAGGAAGCCCGCAGCCUAUCAAAUAAGAGAGAUCUUACUGGCGCGCUAGAUAUCCUCAAGAACAACCACUCCAAGAUGAAGCAGGUUGCUGCUCUAAACAAUUUCGAGAUGUCUUUGGACUCGACUUACGUACGAGAUUGGUCACACGCUCGGGACGAUUAUCUUCGAUGCAUUGAGCUUAACGAAUGGAGCCCCGCUCUCUAUUACUACCUGGCCGGCGCCUCGGAACUGGAAUUGUACCGAAACGCCUGCCUCAGUAACCCGAAAGAUGAGCCGCAGAUCAACGUCCAUAAGAAAAAGGCCGAAGAGCUCUUUAAGAAGGUACCAUCUGUGGCCGGUAAGAAGAAGUUCAUGGCUCGACCACUACCAUUCGAAGAAUUUGUCGUCCGAAAAUUGAGAAAGUGGGAGGAAAGAUCGAGCUCGUGGUCUGUUGAUCUAGUCGACGCAAUCGGCGUCAGUCCAGCUCAGGAAAUGGUUUACCUUUGGAAUGGUCUUAAGAAGAUGCAACCCCCCGAGCUGGAGAGUGCGGCUACGGAUCUGUCCUGGGACCGACUCACGUGCUCGGAAGAGAUUCGUGGUAAACUCCAGGCCGAGAUAGACGAGAAGGCACUCCAUGACUUAUGCCACGCUGCUAUCCUGCGCAGUCUGAAGAAGUUCGACGAGGCCAGGGAUAAGCUCCAGGGCGUCCUGCAAAUGGAUAGAUCUGCUUUCAAAGGUUCCAACAUGGACGAUUAUAUCCCGCCCGCCGCUCACUAUGAGAUGGCUGUCCUUGCGUGGGUCGAGGGACAUACGGGAACAGCGGCUGAGACGAGGAAGAAGAUAUAUGACUGCCAAUCCUGGCUCGAUAAAGUCGCAAGGUGGGAGAGUUAUCUUCUAGACGGGAGAAUCGGCAUGCGUGUCCAGACUGGCAUGGAUACCCUUAGAUGGUACAGGCGGGACCAUGGCAUGUCUGCUUGAAGUACGAAAGAACGCGAGAUAAGUUUAGAUACAUUAUGCGUGAGGUUAUAUGGAAAGGUUAAAAACAUAGACGGUGUGACGGCUGAUAGAAUAUUCAGAAAAGCUGGUUGUGUUACUAGGUUAUGAGGCUUGGGAACGGACAUGGAUGGGGAGAAUAUGCGGCCAAUUUUCUAAGAAUGUGGCACUACGUUGGAUAUAGAAAUCAAGGCUUUCGGAUUGGAAAGAGGAACUUUAUAUACUUGGUUAUAGGAAUGGCGAGCUCUGGGGAUGGAACUUGCUUAUAUAGAAAAGGAACGAUGAAGUAUCCCACGCCCAUAUUAUCAACUUUUUCUAGAUUCAUGUCCCUGUUCCCAGAAGGUCUAGCCUUUGUCCUCG